AUGUAUAACGCAAAUAGCAUACAAAGAAAAACUCAGUUGGAAUUUACUAUGGAAACAAUGAGGAACAAUCCGAAAAGAUAUAUGGGAAUUAAUGUAGAAUCAGUUCAUUUAUUGAAAAUUUUAUCGGAUGCUACGGAACUUUCAGAACGCGACCUCUUUCUGAUAUUGAGGAAAGUGAGACGUGACGAGCCAUAUUGGCAGUUGGCUGAUUGCUUUUCUAUAAGUAUCACACCAGUUAGUCGAAUUAUUUCGGAAAACCUAAAUAUACUCAGUGAAGAAUUCAUUAUUUGGCCAGAACUAGAAGAAAUUCAGUACAACCUACCAAGAAGCUUUAAACACCGAUACGCAGCAGUAAACACGAUUAUUGACUGCCUCGAAAUCCAGAUUCAAAAACCGUCACAAGCCGUUCAUCAAACAUUGACAUAUUCAAUGUAUAAAAAAUGUAACACCAUUAAAUAUUUAAUAGGUUGUUUGCCAGACGGUACAAUUAACUUUGUAUCAAAAGGCGCUGGAGGAAGGAUUUCGGAUGUAGAAUUAGUAAGGGUGAGCGGAUUUCUCGAAAGAUUAACUCCGCAUACAAUGGUGAUGGCCGAUCGCGUAUUUAAACAGGUCGAAAAUGAGCUGAGAAAACAUAAAUGUGUUUUGAUUUUUCGCGUUUUCGUCCAAAAAUUGCUCUAA